AUGGCUGCUAUCCAAAAGUCUACAAGCAAUAAAUGCUGGAGAGGGUGUGGAGAAAAGGGAACCCUCUUACACUCUGGUGAUUUUGACACUUCAGGAAUGGACAGAAAACGUGGGAAAUACGUAGUGAAUAUUGAAGACUCUGGAAACCAGCCACCAUUACAGAACCUUCCAAACUAUGAAGCUCACAGUUCAGCAUGUGGGCUUACAACAUCAACUGAUGUAACUGGUGAUGCUGGUCCCAAUUUAACUGAUGUCUGCACCAACACAGGAACCCUUGGAUAUUCAGAAUUUCCAAACAGAGAAUCUCCAUAUUGUCAGAUAACAAGAAAUUUCUUCAGUGACUGGUCUCUGUGGAAAAUAUUCCUGGCUUCUCUCUUAGCUUCUGUGAUAACAACAGCAGUUGGAGUAUUGAUAGUGAGUCUGGUAUAUAAUGGGAAAAAUAAUAGUCCCCAAAUUGUUAUACAACUACCUCAAAACCAGGGGACAGCUACAACCACAACUACCACGACUGCUGUUGCCACAAGUGCUGAAAGUACAACCACCACAGUUGCCACCACUUCAGCUGAACCAAUUACCACAACUGCCACAACUACCACUGAGGCUACAACCACAACCACCACCACUGCUGCUCCCACAACUACUGAAAGUACAACCACCACAGUUGCCACCACUUCAGCUGA